CUCUGAAGGGUCGAGCAUCGGAUUGGAAGAAGAGUUGCGCUCAGCAUUAGGGUCGAUGGCCAGAACAUCUGCAUUAAGCACGAAAGGAAAGUCUUUGUUUCUUUUACUGGCUCUGAUUCGUCGAACCUUGGUGCAACCAUGCGCUUAGAAAGCACAUCAGUCGUGCUUGCUACUCAUUUCAUAUGUAUCCAUGUCGUAGGUAUUUUUGUUGCAUACGUUCUCCAGGGUCCAACUGUACAGAGGAGUGCGGGGAAACGCCAUACCAUCAUUGAUUGGUACGAUCACGCAACCUCUGCGUAAUGCUCGAAUGACACGCGAUCGAGGGUGCUUAAAAGGUUUCAGCUGAGCUCGAAAGGAUUUAUAUAUCACGGCGUGUCCUCGUCUUGAUUCAUUACACUACAUUCAACAAAUCUAUACGCAUCUCCGACUGUCAGUUUCGUUGCUGUGAACCAAAUAUCAAAUUGAGGGUUUUUCAAACAUCAAUGCCUUCCCCGUUCCACCAGAAGUACUCCAGCCAAAGUCACAAGGUCUUUGGAGACAAUAUCGUUCCAGACAUGCCUGAAGCACCCAAGAACGACGCUCAGCGUCGAGGCUCAGACAGCUCAAUGACAGAGCCCUCUUCGCCAGACGCACGCCGCCAGUCAUCUGCUGCCCAGCGGUUCGGUAACCUCGAGGCGCUCAAACGCCCUCAAGACCCUGAAAGUGCAGCUCGCCGCGCAUCUCUCCACGACUCAUACGGAAAGUCGGGCUUUCUUGGAACUAUGUGGAACAAUUUCACCCGCGGUCCUGCCAGCGCAAGCCCUCCUGCUGCGCCCAAACAAGCGGAAGCUCGAGACGUCACGACUCUUCGCGGCUAGAGGAGGUUUUAAACACGCGGUCUCACCUCAAUCUCUGAGUAGAGGGUGAGCGUGUUAGUAGACCAAAUUGCCGUUGUAGUAUAUUGGACUAGCGGUAGUAAGUCUCGUUGUUGAAUAUGUCGAAAGCGUGUGCGAGACGUUGGCAACAGCCUUUGUACAAUAUAAUCCAAUCAAGGGUCCGAUAUAUUUGAUUCAUGAACGAGAAUUGAACAAA